GCGCGGCCCCUUUUCCCUCCCGACAAACACAGGAUGCGAACGGGCGGCGGAGAAGCUACGAGACGUUACUCCUCUGCUGCGCCACGGCCGUUGAUAUUCCCCCGCAGCAUCCGAGUGUAAAAAAAAACAACAACACGGAAGCCAGUAUCAGGGUUGGGGGGGUAAAACUAAAAACUAAAAACACCUCUUUUUUUUUUUUUUAACCACUCGUCUUGAACCCGCCAUCGACUGAGCUCCGCGGAGGAAAUAUAAUCCCGCUGUGGUGUUCGCUGCGCGGCAACCGAAACUAUCGACGCGACAGAGAGAGAGCGAGAGAGAGAGAGAAGCCGGCGGUACGGAAUGGAGCUCAUCACUAUUCUCGAGAAAACGGUCUCUCCAGAUCGGAAUGAACUAGAGGCAGCACAGAAGUUUCUGGAGCAGGCGGCUAUAGAGAACCUGCCAACAUUCCUGGUCGAGUUGUCUAAAGUGUUGGCGAACCCGGGGAACACUCAGGUUGCUCGAGUUGCUGCAGGUCUACAGGUGAAGAAUUCCCUGACCUCCAAAGACCCCGACGUAAAGACACAGUACCAGCAAAGAUGGCUGGCCAUCGACGCCAACGCUCGCCGCGAGAUCAAGAACUACGUUUUACAGACUCUGGGUACGGAGACAUACCGGCCCAGCUCGGCGUCGCAGUGCGUCGCCGGGAUCGCCUGCGCAGAGAUUCCCGUUAACCAGUGGCCUGAGCUGAUCCCACAGCUGGUUGCAAACGUCACUGACCCCUCAAGCACUGAACACAUGAAGGAAUCCACGCUGGAGGCCAUCGGCUAUAUCUGCCAGGACAUAGACCCGGAACAACUGCAGGAGAACGCCAACCAGAUCCUAACGGCCAUCAUCCAGGGCAUGAGGAAGGAGGAGCCCAGCAACAACGUAAAGCUGGCCGCUACCAACGCCCUGCUUAACUCUCUUGAGUUUACCAGAGCCAAUUUUGACAAGGAGACGGAGAGACACUUCAUCAUGCAGGUGGUGUGUGAAGCCACACAGUGUCCCGACACCAGAGUACGUGUGGCGGCUUUACAGAACCUGGUGAAGAUCAUGUCUCUGUAUUAUCAGUACAUGGAGACAUACAUGGGUCCAGCUCUUUUCGCGAUCACCAUUGAGGCGAUGAAAAGCGACAUCGAUGAGGUGGCUCUACAGGGAAUCGAGUUCUGGUCCAACGUCUGUGACGAGGAGAUGGACCUGGCCAUCGAGGCCUCAGAGGCCUCGGAGCAGGGACGCCCGCCAGAGCACACCAGUAAAUUCUAUGCUAAAGGAGCCCUGCAGUACCUGGUCCCCAUCCUGACCCAGACUCUCACCAAGCAGGACGAGAACGACGAUGACGACGACUGGAACCCGUGUAAGGCAGCCGGCGUGUGUCUGAUGCUUCUUGCCACUUGCUGCGAGGACGACGUGGUUCCUCACGUUCUGCCCUUCAUCAAAGAACACAUCAAAAACCCCGACUGGCGCUACAGAGACGCCUCAGUCAUGGCCUUCGGAUCCAUCCUGGAGGGACCUGAACUCAACCAGCUGAAACCGCUCGUCGUACAGGCGAUGCCGACCCUGAUCGAGCUCAUGAAGGACCCCAGCGUGGUGGUGAGGGACACCACAGCGUGGACAGUGGGGAGGAUUUGCGAGCUGCUGCCUGAAGCUGCCAUCAACGACCUGUACCUGGCCCCUCUGCUGCAGUGCCUGAUCGAGGGUCUGGGGGCCGAGCCCAGAGUCGCCUCCAACGUGUGCUGGGCUUUCUCCUCGCUGGCUGAAGCUGCGUAUGAAGCAACAGACGCUGCUGAAGACCAGGAGGAGCCGAGCACUUACUGCCUGUCUUCCUCAUUUGAGAUCAUCGUCCAGAAACUACUCGAGACCACAGACCGGCCCGAUGGUCAUCAAAACAAUCUGCGCUCUGCUGCCUAUGAGGCUCUGAUGGAGAUUGUGAAGAACAGCGCCAAGGACUGUUACCCAGCCGUGCAGAAAACUACGCUGGUCAUCAUGGAGAGGCUGCAGCAGGUCCUGCAGAUGGAGUCUCACAUCCAGAGCACCUCAGACAGAAUCCAGUUCAACGACUUGCAGUCGCUGCUGUGUGCCACUCUACAGAAUGUCCUCCGUAAGGUGCAGCAUCAGGACGCCCUGCAGAUCUCGGACGUGGUCAUGGCGUCUCUGCUGCGGAUGUUUCAGAGCACAGCUGGGUCUGGAGGCGUUCAGGAGGACGCUCUCAUGGCCGUUUCCACGCUGGUCGAAGUUCUGGGCAGCGACUUUCAGAAGUACAUGGAGCCCUUCAAGCCUUUCCUGGGAAUCGGACUGAAGAACUACGCCGAGUAUCAGGUGUGUCUGGCAGCUGUCGGUCUGGUGUGCGACCUGUGCAGAGCUCUGAUGUCAAACAUCCUGCCUUACUGUGACGAGAUCAUGCAGCUGCUGCUGGAGAACCUCGGGAAUGAGAAUGUCCAUCGGUCGGUGAAGCCCCAGAUCCUCUCUGCGUUCGGUGACAUCGCCCUGGCCAUCGGAGGAGAGUUUAAGAAAUACUUGGACAUCGUCCUGGACACCCUGCAGCAGGCAUCACAGGCACAGGUUGACAAGACGGACUACGACAUGGUGGACUAUCUUAACGAGUUGAGGGAGGGCUGUCUGGAGGCGUACACUGGGAUCAUCCAGGGCCUGAAGGGGGACCAAGAGAACGUGCACCCUGAUGUGAUGUUGGUUCAGCCUCGGGUAGAGUUCAUCCUCUCCUUCAUCCACCACAUAGCCGAGGAUGAGGAUCACUCUGAUGGAGUCGUGGCAAACGCUGCAGGACUCAUCGGCGAUCUGUGCACGGCGUUUGGUAAAGAUGUAAUGAAGCUGGUGGAGGUUCGUCCGCUCAUCAACGACCUGCUGACAGAGGGUCGACGCUCCAAAACCACCAAGACCAAGACGCUGGCCACAUCCACCAAGGAGCUCCGCAAGCUCAAGAGCCAGGCCUGAUUGUUGCCGGUCGGGGAAAGAGAGAUUUUUGAGAGAUCGACAUCAGUGAACAAUGAGGACAAACUGCCCCACUG